UGGUGUCGUGACCUUUUCAGUAAUGGUUUUUCAUUCAUAAAGUUUACCUUUCGAGGUGACGUGAAGAAGUUAUAGGUGGUUGUCUGUCUGCGGUAAUCGUGUUUUCUCGUCAGUGUUCACCUCAUUCCGUGCGCGAAAGCCUCUGAUGACACCAGUCGUGUUUUGCAGUUGUGAAAACCCUUAUCCAUCAUCAGACUACCUAUCUGUAGGUGCUGUGAUUGCAAAAUACGUGAGCAAAACAGCCAAAAACUAGUGUUGCAAAGUGGAAAAGAUUGCGACGCAAUUCCGCACCUUUACUGCGCAAGGGAAACCGAAUCGGUGUAAGAAAGUUUGUUGAGGGAAACAGAACGUGAAGGGUUUUUUUUCACUUGAUUGGCAUGAAGUUUUUAUUUUAACUAAAAUUCAUUGUUCGAUCUUUUUCCAUGAACAAGUUUAGGUGAAACUUUCAUUUUGCGUUGUGAGGUAUUCUAUAUUGUUAUAAUUAUUUGCAUUGUGUUGCUAUAGAGUACGUUCUUCUUAAAAAACAACUAAUGCUGAUUUGUGGACAUGAAGAAGGAGGAAGACGAUGUUGAGCCACUGAGUUUGUUUGCAUACAAAGCGAGUUAAGGUGCAGCGGUAUUGUUCGAGUUCGGGAAACCAAAGGAAAAUUCGAAAAGUGGAACCAAGGAGGAAAAAAUAAUCCAAAACCAGGAACCGGAAGAUCUAAACUUUGCCGUGAUUGUUCGUUGUAAAUGAUCCAGUUGCUGCAAGUACGAUGACGACACUCGGUUUUGCAGUGAGCACCGAGCGCUUCAAGGCGAAGCUGGCUGGGUCGUACUUCGAGGAAAGCAAUGGCAACAGUACCAUCGAGGUGGAGAUCGGAAUGAUGCUGCAGAUCCUGGAACAUGUUUCGAGCCGUUAUACUGUGGCGCGGAUCAAGGAUUACUACAACCCGGAGGACACACGGUACGAAAAGCUUCGCUUCCAGUGCCCGGUGGUCAACUAUCAGACCGUCCCGGAGGAUGUUUGGCCGUACGUCAUUGCCAUACUGGAUCCCGAUGAACGGGUGCAGUUCGUUAAACGACCAGGACGGCUGGAGAAGCUCAGGCACUUGCGAGAGCAGCAGAUGGUGAAGGUCUCCGGAAGGGCUUUCGGCCGGUCGACGAUAACGUACGAUUGUAUCAUCCGGUACCGGGGGCAAGUUCAGCAAAUCGGACCAGGGUACUACUUUGGAAUGGAGUUACUGGAUUUACAGCAUGGCGAAUCCCCACAAAAGGAUGAUAUUCCCUAUGUGAUCGAAUACAUGCAAACGGAACCGAAAUUGACCCUGAUUCUAGCAGCAAAUUGGAUCGAAUUCGACGACUUUGACCAUUCCCACAGUAAACAUCCCAAGAGAAACAUUAUUGACGGUCUCAUUUGUGGCGCCAAGAACAUCAACUCGCAGAUCAGGCGAAACGCCAAGCGUUUGACGGAACUGCCGAAAGCAGGCAGCGAUUCACGGGACGAUCGGUAUACACGGUCUUUCACGCCGGAUCCCGUCGGUAACAAUCGGAACUCCGCGGACCUUUCCUCCAUUGCGAAUCGGAAUUCGAUAGAAAGUUCGCUGCACCUGAAGAGAAUGGCCGCCUCCGUAUCGAGUCCGAAUCUGUCGAAGCAGGACAGCAGCAGCAGUACCGGAAGUUCCAGUCGCAUAAUCAACCACCAUCCGCACGACGGAAUGUCGGAGGGGUUACGGUACAUCGACGGCAGCCAGACGGAGGAUAGCUACCGUUCCGGAAGGAGUUCGCAAAACAGCUCCAACAGCAGCACCUUGAAACAUUCCAAAGCCCGUAAGAAGACCGCCAACAAUAAGGCGGGCACCAUCCUGAACUACGAAGAUCGUGAUAUUAUAGUGAUCGACAAAGCGGACAUCAACGAAGCCACCAGCGAUGCGGGAAAUGUGAUAAUCGUGGAUCCGCCGGCUACCCUGCUGGCCGAGCCGGAAUCCAACGAGGUAGAUCUUAAGGACGUUCUGGGAAUGAAUUGGCCAUCGGCUGCCGGCGAGACGGCCUCGAUGUUGAACAGUAGCGAUAAGAAAACUCAAACGCCGCCGAGCAGAAACGGCCUGACGGUGAGUGGGUACAGCAGUAGUAGCAGCAACAGCACCAGCAGUAACCAUUUGACAACGACGCGAUACGAGCGCAACAAGUCGCCGAAUCCGAUCAGUCACCUGGCGAGUUCGAAACCGAGCGAUGGGAGCCGCAAACGGGAACCGAAGUACAUGGUGGACGUUGCUACGAUGGCAAGUGAGUAUUUCUUUUCUAUAGGCCAUAAUUGUAUAAUCCAUCCCUUUUUAGGUCGUUACAACAAUAUUUUAGCUCUAAAUCAAUGUUGAAUUCGGUAGACACGU